ACCAUCAUGCACAUCACAGUUGUUGUUUGCCUCGUACUCACCUGGGGAAUAAGCCACAGUGAGGCGGCCACAACAAUCCUCCAUGGCAACGGCCGGCUGGCCAGUGCCGUUUCCCAUCAGAGCUUCACCAGAUUGUCGUCGGCGGAGCCACUAAUCCUCCAGUCCCACAAGCAGCUGGUCGCUCCUUCAGCGCGGAUUGUCAGCCAUCACAAAGCAGGCGAGCUGAGGGGGUUCUUUCCGGCGGCGGAGGAGGCGGAGGAGCAGCAUCCUUCCACCUCCGGUCAGACGCCCGCCCACCUCACCUACGCCGCCCAUCCGGUGGUCCACCAGAUGCUGCCGAGGAUUAAGCCCGUGCGAAACAUUAGCUUCGCCUCCCUGGUUCCAGGACCUCGCAGCCUGGCCACUCAUCGCCACUUGUAA